GCAAUCCACCAUGAAUUCCACUUCCUCCAGACUGUGCACUCCACGACGGCUGAUCGGGAGUCUUCUUCUGCUGGUAGCAUUGGGUAUCUUCGCCUUGCUCGUUCCAGCUCGCAAACUUGACAAUGUCCCCUUUAUCCCAUUCUCCCUCCAGCGAACCAAGUCGUAUAAUGAGUCGAUCGCCAUCACCACCCUUCUUGCGCAUGCAUACGACGAGGAGGACAGCGACGAGGACAAUGAAGAUGUCUACUUUAUCGGUGCUCGUAUCCUCGCCUACCAGUUACUGCAUGCGCCCGAGACAAAAUCACGACGCCAUGUUCCCUUUAUCGUUCUGGUGACGCCCGAUGUGCGCAAAAGCAAGCGAGACAGACUGAAGAAAGACGGCGCCCAGAUUGUCGAGGUGGAAUCCGUGCAUCAAAAUGUGUCCAUCACUGUCCCUCGAUGGGCAGAUACAUUCACCAAAUUGCGAGUGCUUGACCCAAAGGCAGUGCCGUAUGAGAGAGCGCUCUAUCUGGAUACAGACAUUAUCCUCACCAGACCGAUUGAUGCCAUAUUCGAUGAUCCCAAUGCAUGGCCAGUGCCAUCUGUGAAGGACAGUGCAUCUCCCCUGGGACAAGGUGAAGCAUUUCCACCAGACAGCCUGCUCAUGGCAGCGACACCAGAAACGAAGCAACAGGACCAUCCAUAUCCGUUUGUGGAUGAACAGCAUGAAAAGACCGAGUUCAACUCUGGGUUCUUCGUCUAUUCGCCAUCGUCUGACAUGCUGGAGUACUAUCUCACUCUGCUGGAAUACACCGACCGGUAUUUCCACGGUCUGCCCGAUCAGGAUCUGUUCAAUUACGCCCAUCGACUGGAUGGGCCGAUGCCAUGGAAGACGCUGCAGCCCUCGUGGAAUAUCAACUGGUCGAAUGAUGAGGAUUUAAAGGGUGGGAUUGCAUCGCUGCAUGUCAAGUUCUGGGAUUUUGAGUAUUUCUCGCAAAAGACACGGGAAUAUGCAGUCGCACGACGAUGGGAGAUGGAGGGAUACUGGAAGGGACGGAACAAGAGUUGAUCAUCAAUGCAUCAUCAAUAUAAUCAUACAUAAUAUAAUCAUCAAAAUUGCCAUGUCUCAUUCGCUUAGUAGAAAUGCCCCGGUACAUCCCGC